GAGAAAGAAGAGCGCGUGCGCAAUGGUCAGCGCGAGCAACUCUGAGGGGAGAAGGAGGCAGAAAUGUUGAAGGGGGCUUAGAGGGAGGAUGUCCCUCCUGAAACUGCAGGGGGCGCUCUUCUGGAGGACAGAAAGUCUAUGGAUCGGGUUAAGAAAGUAUUCCUCAGCAAAGGUGAAGGAAGAAGCCAGGAAAAGAUGGGUGCUAGAACAGGCAGAGCUCUUGGAAGUGCUGGAGGCUAGAGUGAAGCAACUGCAGACUGAAGUAGGGAUGAACACGGUUCCCCUCUCUCAGCUGGGGAAGGACAGCUUCUUUCAACCCAGCCCUCCCUGGAAAGCAGCCACGCUAAGCCCGGCUCGGACUGAAACAACUGCAACGAGCAGUGAAGGAGCUGGUCCCCAGCCCAGCCGCUGGAUGGAGAAGCUGAACAAGGAGAAGUCGAUUAAACACAAGCGCCUGCUGAGGUUAGAAGCCAAACUUGCCAGAGUUUCAUCAAACCUUGUGGCGAAACCUACUUCCAAACGGACUCAAGGGGCUGAGGAUCGAUUGGAACGACUGGCUAAAGAGAGAAGUGCGGGAAGAAAGGUGAAAUCUCAGCCUCUGGAAAGCACCAGAGGCCUCCGAGGUCGCAAGAAGGCUGCUGUGACGAAAGGCCCUUCCCUUCCUUCUGGCAACACCGAAGAGCUGGAAAAGUGCAUCCCAGACCUUCCUUUGCCCUUUGAAGAAGAUGGACACCAACAUGGGAACCUCCAGCUCAGUAUCUUGUCCUACCUGGAUACCUGCCUCUUCCUCCGCCAACCAGAGAAAGCACUUCAGUGCCUGAUGUUCUACCACCGCUCGCACACCCGGAGAAAGCAGCUGGACGUCCGAAUGUACAACCUGGUCAUGCACGAAUAUGCCAAGAAGCGUGCUUUGGCUCCAAUUGGCUCACUUUUCCGCUUGAUGGACGAGGCCGGAGUGAAACCCAACCAGGACUCCUACAUCGCUGCGCUUAGCUGCAUGGGGCGGUCUGACGUGCGUCCUAACAUCAUCACUAGAUGCCUCCAGCAACUUGAAGAAGAUGGUUUCCGCCUGGAGGAGCUCUUCCAAAACUAUGUGAGGGAGGGAGACGAAGUGGAGAUGGCUCUGGAAGGCAUCCGGAAGGCCAGGCCAGGCUUCCAGCUCCCGCCACAUCCCCAAGAAGCGGAAAUCUGCACUAUUCCUCUGCUCCAGGACUUCUACAAGAAGGAUAAGCCCGUUUCUUACCCCAAGCUGGAUUUCACUGUGAAAUACCUACGGAAACAGUUCCGGAAGCAGUUGGCGAUGGAGGCAUCCGACACAGUCACCAUUGACUCUGUGGAAGCCGAGAAGCCCCUGACGGAGAAGGCUGCCCAAGCGCGUGCCCUGCUAGCCGAACUCCGUUCACAUUGGAGGGCCUCUCUCCUCCAGAGCCUGCAAGAGUCCAGGCUCCAUCUGGACAGGAAGAAAUCGGGGCAGAUGACCCUCUACCCCUUCCUUUGUGUCCUGGAUGACAAGGAGUACAUUGACAUCUUGAUGCAGAGCCUCUCUGUCCUCCCUCCUCAUGGAGAGUCCCUCUUGAUCUUGGCUCGGGAGCUGGGCACCAAGGUUUACAACAAGUACGUCAUCAAGAAGAAAUCCAGGAGCCGUUUGGUGAAGAAGAUCAAGGCCAUCUACGACAGUUACGUCCAGCUUCUCGCUAAGGACACACAGCCGGAUGAUCUUCUACCCCGAGAAUAUUGGGAGAAGCUGGCCUCUGAGGCUGGAUGUGCCCCUUCGCUGGUGAGCAAGGAGUGCAUCUGGCCCCAUUCGGUGCUGGUCCAACUCGGCCUUCACUUGGUGGAGCUCCUGGUCCAGGUCCUGAAGAUGGAGAGCAACAUCUUAAACCCGGCGCUGGAGCAAAAACUCAUCCCUGUUUUGUAUCAUGUGUAUUCCUUCCGCAGCGGCCGCCAGAUCGGGUUCAUCCGGCCACACCCCAUCCUCACCCGCCUUCUCCUGGAUGCCGCCGAGACCAGCCUCGCCUUUGAGACCUUCGUCAUCCCCAUGCUGUGCCCGCCAGUGCCGUGGGUCUCCCCGCACUUUGGGGCCUAUGUCUUCGCCCCCACCAAGCUGAUGCGUUACGUGGAGGGGGCCCACCAGCAUCAGAUCCUGCUAGACAGGUGCCCUUCCAGCAACCUACACCCCGUCAUGGAUUCCCUCAACCAGCUGGGCAACUGUCCCUGGAAGGUCAAUGGCCCCAUCUUGGACGUUGUCAUCUCCAUCUUCAACGAGAAGGGCGACGAGAAGCUGGACAUUCCACCGCCCCCGUCGGAGGCCCCCCAGCCUAGCACUGGAGGCCCCCUGAGCAAGGCAGCCCUGAAGCGGGAGGUGGCCCGGUGCCGCAAGAAGGCGGUUGAGAUGUACAGCCUUCGGAUGGAUGCCCUCUACAAGCUCUCCAUUGCCAAGCACAUGAAGGACCGGGUCUUCUGGUUCCCACACAACAUGGACUUCCGGGGGCGUACCUACCCCUGCCCACCUCACUUCAACCACCUGGGGAGUGACCUCACACGGGCCCUUCUUCUCUUUGCUGAGGGGAGGCCCCUUGGCUCCCACGGCCUGGACUGGCUGAAGAUCCACCUCAUCAACCUCACUGGCCUGAAGAAGAGGAACUCCCUGCAGGAGAGGCUGACCUAUGCCAAUGAGAUCAUGGCCGACAUCCUGGACUCAGCAGACCAUCCUCUGACGGGCAGGAAGUGGUGGAUGAAUACUGACGAACCGUGGCAAGCUUUAGCCUGCUGCAUGGAGAUCGCCAAAGCCACACGGGCUCCAGACCCCACUGCGUUCAUCUCCCAUUUCCCCGUCCAUCAGGACGGGUCUUGCAAUGGGCUGCAGCACUAUGCCGCGCUUGGCCGCGAUGUGGUGGGAGCCGCCUCCGUGAACCUCACACCGUGUGAUGUGCCUCAGGAUGUCUACAACGUGGUGGCUCAGCAAGUGGAGGUCUUCCGGAAGCGAGACGCCGCCGCAGGGAUCAAAACCGCCCAGCUCCUGGAGGGCUUCAUUGGCCGCAAAGUGGUGAAGCAGACGGUGAUGACAGUGGUGUAUGGCGUGACGCGCUACGGGGGUCGCCUCCAGAUUGAGAAGCGCCUCAAGGAGAUAGACGACUUCCCUCAGGAGUAUGUCUGGGAAGCAUCUCACUACCUGGUGCAACAAGUAUUCAGCAGCCUCAAGGAGAUGUUUUCAGGAACCCGAGAAAUUCAGGGCUGGCUGACUGAUUGUGCCCGGCUGAUAGCCAAGUCUGGCCGGACAGUGGAGUGGGUCACCCCUUUGGGCCUGCCCAUCAUUCAGCCUUACCAUCGUUCCAAAAUCACAAUGGUGAAUAGCAGCAUGCAGACGGUUAAUUUGAAAUCACGCCACGACAUCAGCCAAAAACCCGACACAAUGAAGCAGAAAAAUGCCUUCCCUCCCAAUUUCAUCCAUUCCUUGGACUCCACGCACAUGAUGCUGACAUCUUUACAUUGUCACAGGCAGGGACUGACCUUUGUCUCGGUGCACGACUGCUACUGGACUCAUGCGCACACUGUCGAUGUCAUGAACCGGAUCUGUCGCGACCAGUUUGUGGCGCUCCAUAGUCAACCCAUCCUUGAGUUCCUGUCCAGAUUCAUGCUACAGAAAUACUGCACCAGUCUUCCGGUUGAAUGGAAGAAUAAAAAAUCUCUCGAAUACCAGAAGCUCUUACAGCUGCUCUCCAGUGUCCCUAAGAAAGGUGACUUCGAUCUAGAGAAGGUGAAGGAAUCUACCUACUUCUUCAGCUGACCUUGGAGAGGGUAUGUCUCAGACUUGGCUUCAAUCAAACAGGAUGGCGCUUCCUUCCUUUGAUCGAAUGGGACGAGGUGGAAGCAAAUGGCAGUCCUCACCUCAUUGAACUUCCCCUCUUUCUCCAUUUACUUGGGGCCAGAUUCUGGACAGCAAAAACACCAUUUGCAGCCUCCCAUUUGGAAAGUUGACGGGAGUUGUAGUCCAGCAAAAUCCUGAAGGCUGCAGACUCACUUCUGUGAUUGUGUUUUGGGCCGGAGUUGGUUCGCCGUGCAUUCAAGAGCCCCUGCCAGCGACUGUAAAUAAAACAUGAAUGGUUUGAGAUCUG